AUGGGGGACCGACGCCCGCGGAUCCCAUCUCUGGGGGGUCUCGGCGCCAGACCCCGGGUCUCCAAGGAGACCAAGCUCCGGCUGCGCGUGAUCUUCCUGGAUGAGAGCGAGCGCACGUUCGAAGUGGAGCAAAAUGUUUUAGGCGGCGACUUCUUCAACAAAGUUUGUGGUCAUCUGAAACUGCUGGAAAAGGAGUACUUUGGACUGGAGUUCAGACACCACAGUGGCCAUUAUGUUUGGUUGGAGCUGCUUAAACCUCUAGUCAAACAGAUCAAAUACACUAGUGAUUUAUUCUUUAGGUUUAUAGUCAAGUUCUUCCCACCCGAUCCCGGACAAUUAAAGAGAGGCCUCACCAGGUACCUUUUUGCCUUACAGAUAAAGCAGGAUUUAUCCAACGGCAGUCUGACGUGUAACGACAACAGCGCCGCCCUGCUGGUCUCACACAUACUACAGUCAGAGCUAGGCGACUACGAUGAGGAGUUGGACUAUCAACAUUUGGAGAUGAAGCACUAUGUUCCCAAUCAGGAGUAUUUGGACAAUAAAAUCAUCAAAUUUCAUAAAAGACACAGAGGAGUCUCUCCAGCAGACUCGGACAUCCAGCUGCUGGAGGUGGCCCGGAAGCUAGACAUGUACGGCAUCAGGCCUCAUGCUGCCCACGAUGGUGAGGGAAUGAGGAUCAACCUUGCCGUCACUCACUCUGGAGUACUGGUCUUUCAGGGAAACACCAAAAUCAACACGUUCAGCUGGGCAAAGAUCCGCAAACUCAGCUUCAAACGCAAGCACUUCCUUAUUAAGCUUUACGACAAAGUUGGGCCAUCGUGUAAGGAUACGUUGGAGUUCGCCAUGGCGAGUCGUGAUGUCUGUAAAUCUUUGUGGAAGACGUGUGUGGAGUAUCACGCCUUCUUCAAGCUGUCCGAGGAACCAAAGCCCGUCCAUAAAACUCUGCUGUCCUGUAAGGGAUCCACGUUCAGAUACAGUGGAAGGACCCAGAAACAGCUGCUGGAGUGUAUGGGAUCAGGAGAAAAGAAGCCUUUACAGUUUGAACGGACCUACCGCCAGUCAGACUUCGAUCCCAGACAAUGUCGAUCUUCUCCUGACCUCCUCACUGACGUCUCCAAACAGUUAUAUGAACAAUCCCUCCCGUUUCCCCGGCCGAGACAAACUAUUGCCGUCCACAGUCAGGACAAAAUGGACCGCCAGCGCCGAGGUCUCAGUGACACUGAAAUGGAAGGAGGGCUUAAACGCAGACAGUUGUCUUGUCACGUCAACCAAAGGCCGCAACCCCUGGCACAAGUCACUCCACUUUCUCCAUCCCUGGGACAGUCGACCCCCUCGCCCAAGUUACGAUCUUCCUCCACAUCCUUGAUGGAGGACAUGAGAGGGGGACGGAACGGGGCGCAGCGCCAAGCCCAAAGGCUAGCUGGUGUCUACGGCAACCGGUCAAAACGCCGACCGAACCCACAGCCGCAUCCGGACGCUUUACAGCAGCUGGUUCUUCUCUACCCCAACACCCCAGCUUACCAGUAUCACCCUGUUCUCCCAUCAUUCCCGUUUGCCGGACCCUCACCGCUCACCAGACAUCCCUACUUAGCAGACUACGUCAGCGUUUCUUCGCUGGAGCGUUUACCUCACGUAAGGAGGCGGGACUUUGUGCCGAUGGACAGCAUCUCACAGCCGGCCUUCUACCCGAUAGGCCACGAUUCGCCAUCAGUCUCACCAAUCAGGAGGAACUUCCGCCCUUGUGGUUCAGGCGGACUGGGGCUGGCAAAGGUCUACCAGACAGGUAGCAACGGAGCGAGGCUUUUAGGUGUUGGACACACGGAGGCGGGACAUUACAGCGACGACUCCAACUUCCUGCCCGGGUUGCCUCGUCGUGUGGCAAGCCAACCAGAUGUCAAGUUCCACCUCUCGAGGAGUACAAACCCGACCUUUAACCCUGCCUCUGAGUUCCGACCCCUUGGGUACUACCCUCACCUGACGCGCCCCUCCCGACCCACAUACCUCCCGCUGAACUCCUCCCCUCUACCUGAACGCCCCACUUCAGUAUGUAUGAUCGGCGGGGCUAUGGGAAGCUACAGCGACUCUGAUCCGGAGGUUUUCUACCCGUACUACUGCCCACCUCAUCAUCUGGGGAAAGUCGUACGGCCCGCCGGGUUGGCCCGGAUGAGGUUUUCCUCCGGAAGCCUUCAACUGGAUGAGGAGGAAGAGGGGGAAGAGGAAGCUGUUAAAAAAGACAUAAAAGGUGAACAGGACAAGAAACAAACAAGCGGAGGAGGAGAGGAGGCAAGAGGAGCAGCAAAGAUUACUCAAGUCACACUUUAG